UCAAAGUUAUUGAGUUUGCCCUAGAGUUUUCACAUUUUCUCUGCAAUUCACCGUAUAAAGCUGCGUGCUUUUCUUCAUUCUCUCCCAUCAAAUCCAUACAUUCUCUUCUCAAAUUCCCAAUCAAAUCCAUACAUUCUCUUCUCAAAUUCCCAAUCUUUCUAAUAACCCUCCUUUUCCCAUCUAAUAAAAGGAAGUUGGCAGCUUAAUCUGCUGUGUCUUCUGCUUGUCAAAGUGGAGAUAGAUACGAUUGAAUCUUCUUUUAUGUCUGAACGGGCCUCUCUCUUUUUGUCGUCAUUUGGAUUGCUCGGAGAGUACUGUCCCAAGUCUAGAAAAAAGAAUAUAAUUUCCUCUUCUGAAAUAAUCUGCAUGCAUAUUGGGGCUAAUAACACACACUGUCUCGGUUGCCAUUGUGCAAGGAGGCUGUCUGGUAAAAACUUUUGCAUUGCGAUUGAAAACACAAGUAUUUGAUCUGUCCUUUCUGAUUAACGCUCACCUACGGUUUUGAUCAAGAUGGCUUUGCAAAAUAUUGGUGCUUCAAACAGUGAUGAUGCCUUUUAUAGGUAUAAGAUGCCCAAAAUGAUAACUAAGAUUGAAGGGAGAGGAAAUGGCAUCAAGACUAAUGUAGUUAAUAUGGUUGAGAUUGCAAAGGCUUUGGCUAGACCUGCUUCUUACACUACAAAGUAUUUUGGUUGUGAACUGGGAGCUCAAUCCAAGUUUGAUGAGAAGACUGGAACUUCACACGUAAAUGGGGCCCACGACACUGCCAAGCUUGCAGGGCUUCUUGAGAACUUCAUUAAGAAGUAUGUUCAAUGCUAUGGUUGUGGGAACCCUGAAACGGAGAUAAUUAUUACCAAGAUGCAGAUGAUUACCCUGAAAUGUGCUGCAUGUGGAUUUGUUUCCGAUGUUGACAUGCGAGAUAAGCUUACGACAUUCAUUCUUAAAAACCCACCUGAGGCAAAGAAGUCAACGAAAGACAAGAAAGCGAUGAGGAGAGCUGAAAAGGAGAGACUCAAGGAGGGUGAGGCUGCUGAUGAAGAGCUGAAGAAGAUUAAAAAGGAGUCAAAAAAGAAAGGUUCCUCUACUACUUCAAAGGUUGUUGCUUCCAAGGGUGCAGUAACCAAGAAGAAAAGCAAGCAUUCUGAUGAGGAUCAUUCCCCUUCACAAAGCCAGGUUGAUGAGAAUGAACAGGUAGCCAGCAAUGACGACGAUGAUGUCCAGUGGCAAACAGAUACUUCACUGGCGGCUGCUCAACAAAGGAUUCAAGAGCAGUUAAGUGCUGUUACUGCAGAUAUGGUGAUGCUAUCUACCAAUGAAGAGAAGAAAAAGUCAGUGAAGAAGACUCCGGAGCCUGAUGUCAAGGUACAUGAGAAAUGUUUCAAUACCCACGAGAAACUUGUUAACGAGAUAAAGGAACAUCUCAAGAAAGGGUCUUCUCCAACUCAGCUUAAAUCCUUCCUAGGUUCACUCUCUGGAACUUCCCAAGAAAUCAUGGAUGCUCUUUUCACAGCACUCUUUGAGGAUGUUGGGAAAGGGUUUGCUAAGGAAGUAACUAAAAAGAAGAACUACCUUGCAGCAGGGGCGGCGGCAGCAGCUGCAGCCAAUGAAGAGGGAUGCCAGAUGAUGCUUCUACAUUCUAUGGAGUUAUUUUGUGGCAAGGCCAGCCCUGAGGCAGCAAAGGAGGUGGCUUUAGUUAUUAAAGUAUUGUAUGAUGAUGACAUAUUGGAAGAAGAGUUCAUCAUGGAGUGGUACCAGAAAGGUAUAGCUGGUAGUAAUAAGAGCUCUCAGAUAUGGAAGAACGUCAAGCCCUUCAUCGAGUGGCUCCAGAAUGCUGAGUCUGAGACCGAGGAGGAGUGAUUCUCUAGCUCUUGGUAUGGUUGCAUGGCUACUUCUAGGUACAAAUAUGUUUCUCUCUUGGUCUUGUUUUUUAAAUAAAGUACAGUGAGCACGGCCCUACAUGCUCUCUGUAAUUUGAGUGUCUGGAUUUUUCAGCUGCUUAUCCUUAAGACAUCUUUUCCGUUUGCUUUAUAUGAGCAAGUUGAAUUCAGUUUGCUAUUUUAUUUUUUUAUAUAUUUUUUGUGCGUUUAUUUUGUUUGAUCAA